AUGGCACCAUCCAGAAUCACCAAGAGCAGUACCCGCAAGACAGCAGGAACUGUGGUAUGCCCUUAUUGCAACAAAGAGGUCAAUAAACGAGGAUUAGCUGGACAUCAACGCUCUGCGAGUUGCAGAGCAACACAAGGACCCAGAAAUUUGGCAUUGGACAAUGAGAGCGAACGUCAAGCGUAUGAUGAUCUUUUGAAACGAUAUGCACACUCUAACACAUUUUCUUCGACCAGUCAGUUAGAAGCUACACUGGGCGGUACUAGGCCUUCGAAACAUUCUGUAGAGUGGGAUUUAGACAGUAAAGAGGGAGGUGGACCCGACCAAAAUAGCAGCCAUAGUGAAGAGUUAGAGCCCGAUGGACUAGCUUCUGAGGAUACAAGCUCAGAUCAUCAUGACGGUGGGGGUGGGGAUGAAAACAUACCAAUACAAGCCAUUGCUGACGACAUAAAGAUUGAAUACCAUCCGAGUUCUAAACAAGUUGACGAGAUCUUCCGUUUUGAGGACUACAAAUCAACACUCCCGGAGACUAAGCCCAAGAAUGUGGAUAGGAAACCAUGGCUUCCAUUCCGUACUCGCCUUGACUUCGAGCUUGCAGAGUUCAUGCAUGAUUCGCAUUUGAAUUCAUCCCAAACUUCCACGCUCUUAUCAAUUAUUCACCAAUCCUGUUGGGAACAUGCACGAGCGCUUAAGGCUCAAGGAUUUUCCACUCAGACUAUCACAGUUCCAUACAAAGGCGAAGAGAACAGCUUUGAUCUCGCCUUUCGUCCAAUUUGGGACUGGUGCUUAAGCUUAUUGGAAAAUCCAACUCUUGCACCAAAAUUCAAAUGGGAUGCGGAGCGGCAUUAUAAGUUUGAUGCUAGCGCCCAAAAAUGGAAGCGAUUUAUUGAUGAGCCGUGGACUGGAAAUGCAUGGUGGAAAGCACAGUCAAAGCUACCCAAUGGUGCAGGACUACUGUGCAUAAUUUUGUAUGCUGAUAAAACACGGUUAUCUUCAUUUGGAACACAAAAGGGAUAUCCAGUCAUGGCUCGAUGUGGAAAUCUCCCUAUAAAUCUGCGAAAUGGUGAAGGUGUAGGUGGUGGUAGAGUUGUAGGCUUUCUGCCGAUUGUUGAGGAAGAUGCAGGGGAAACAGGUAAAAAAGGAUUUAUCAACUUUAAACGGGUUGUUUGGCACAAGUCCUUCUAUGAAAUCAUCCAAAGUCUAGUAGAUCAUGCAAAAACUGGGUUCUAUUUUUCUCAAAAGGACUUUCAACGAUGGAUAUACCCUGUUAUACUAAUUUUAUCGGCUGAUUAUGAGGAGCAAUGCCUUGUGCCACACGAAAAUCUCACUGAUUUUACAACAAUAUAUCCUUUACGAUCAGCUAAAGAAAUGGGAGACAUAUUUGACGAAGCUCAGGAAUUAAACAAGACAGAUGCGGAUAAGCUUCUGCAAAUGUACGGUUUGCGCAACGUAGAGAAUGUCUUCCAACAAAUCCAGAAUACUGACAUUUAUGAAGCUCUAUCAUUUGACCGCUUACACAACAACCAUGGAGGCGUAUUCUCUGAUCACUUAUGGGAGGAGUACCAGAAGAUUGUAAACAAUCUAGGUAAAAAAACUGCAGCACUCAUUGACGAAAGAGUCGACGAAAUUCCGCGUUGGAGUGGGCUUAAUCACUUCAGAACACUGAUGAAAUCAGCAGGAGAGUUCACAGAUGGAACAAAGUACGAAGAUAUAUCAAAGAUUAUUGUUUUUGCAUCCGAAGAUAUCUUGACACAAGAUGUAUCUGAGCAAGGCUUCCGGCUAUUAGAAGUUAUACGGAGCUAUCUAGAGCUUGACAUGUAUUCUGGCCUUACAGUUCAUACAGAGGACACAUUACAAAGUGGAGAAGCUGAGCUCAAAACAUUUUGUGAGCUUCUAUGUGCAUAUUCAGCCGACUUUCCAGACAAAUCAUGGAAUUUUCCUAAAGCCCACGCAUUUCGACAUCUUUUUGAUGAUAUUCGAGAUAAGGGAGUCACACGGAACUAUAAUACAAAGCCAAAUGAAAAGGCACAUUCUAUUUUAAAGUCAUUUUAUCAGCUUCAUACUAAUUUCAAAAAUGUAAUUCCUCAGAUAUCAAAGCUGAAUGAGAAGGAUCUUGCGUGUCAUAUGAUACGAGGGGCACUGGAUCAUCUGGACGAAUUUAAUACCACUGAAGUUGAAGACGAACAGGAAUCUACUAUAAUUGGGACUCAUCAUGUGUCGCUUGGGUCAUAUUUGCCAGCAAUUAGUUUUUCCGAACAUGAGAGACAGCAUUCAUCCGACAUAGCAUUCCAUGGCUUUCGCAAAAAGCUUGGACAAACUUUAUCAAGGCAUCUCGGAAAACCAGUUCGGUUUGACAAGCAUGAUGUGAUUACUCCAUACCAAUACAUGGAGGUAAACUACGAGUCCAAAAUUACCUGGAAAACAGAGAGAAAUAUUCUACGGAUAAACCCUUCAUUCCACGGAAGAAAACGAUAUGAUCAUGCCCUUAUUCAAGUGGAUUCAGAGAAGAACACUUACAUAUUUGUCCAGCUCCUCUAUGUCAUCGGAAUCAAGGUUGAAGAGACUCUUUAUCACAUGGCCCUUGUGUUACCAUUGGACGAAGCAAUACCUGCAUUGGAAAAUCAUCGCAUAUCAGACAAGAAACUUAGAUUUAUUCGGGUCCGCUCUCGACAUCGCUCCAAAGCGGCAUUCAUUAAUGUGGAAUCCAUUGUGCGAGGAGGCUUAUUAGCGCAAGCAUUCCGACCACCACACCAAGUAGAUGAGUAUAUAAUUAUUGAUGUAAUUGAUGAAGACAUGUGGUGGCGGCUAAAGUCGGUAAAACUAGUCAAGCAUACCAUGCCAUCCAAUACUCAACGAAACAUAACAGCUCUCGAUGACUCAUCUUCCGAGUCUGACAAAUCUACGACACCGUUUACUAUGCCAACAAAUGAAGAUGCAAUUUCUCAGUCAGAAUUGGAGAAAAUUAUCGAGCGGGCACUUGAUGAUAGUGUCAGCUUCAAAGAUAUGCAAGAGGCCCUUAAAAGCGCCCAUGUUACAAUUCUAGAACAGCGCAAAGAGCUAUUAAAACUGAAAACCAUCGUUGCCGAUCUUCAGCUCAGACAGAAAGCAGAGACAAAACAAGACCUAGCUGUUAUUAUAGAGGAGCAAAUUAAGAAAUUUGGCCGGUGUUUUCAGUUUUUUUACUCACCCUAUGCACAACUAAAUUGGUUUAAUAAUAUGAUGGAAAAGCCAGCAUUUGCUUGUAAUGACCCUGCUCGCUAUGAAACACCACAAGGUGUUGAGGUAUCGGAGCACGAGUUACAAGCGCUAGCCUUACGUGGGAUAUAUGCGGAGCUGUUUGACUGCAUUGCUCCUGAUUUCCAUUCCUACAUGAAGUCUGGAACAAGCUUUCGAAAGACGUUUAUUACUGCUCUACAAGAUGUCCGGUCCCAGUGUCUAGAUAGGCUACGUAAAUCUUGCCCUAAAAUAUUUGGCAUGCCAGCGUCUUACUUCCAACGUGGCACUGCAUCCCGAAGCACCAUGCCUGACGUUCAAAAUCUUUUAAAGGACAAAAAUGGUGCCUGUGACUUUACAUCUCGUUUUCCGGCGGUUUUAUAUAAGGAUUCCGACCCCAGCCAGGUUGACGAUCUCUUUCUAAAUCCAAUUCUUUUCAAAAUCGCACGAAUUGUUCUGUAUGGCCCCAAUGCAGUUGAUAUGAUUGGUGGUACUAAAAUCCGAAUCAACAAUACGUACUAUCGAGAUGAUCGCCCUAUUGAGGUAACAGAAGGAAUGAUUGCCUGGUGUGCAAUCAUGGCAAGGUUCUUGCUUUCGGACGAUGUUGAAUUUACGUCUACAGGGGUUGGUGAAAAAUCUUCAAACACUUACUUUGGCGACUUCGACACAUACAAGAAGAUUAUAAUUCGAAGCAAGAAGGUAAACAGCAAAUGGUACGAUAGACUUAUUGGAAAAUGGGACACCCAGUUGUUCAGUGCUACAAAGCAAAGAAAAGACAAGGAUACCAGUGGUAAUCAGCAAAAUACCAAUUCUCAGAACCCCAACAGCCAACAAGACGAUCAGGUAGACGACAUUUUUGCUGCUAUGCGCUCAUCAAAUUUGGCGCGUCCACCAUCCGACACAGACACUGAUUUAGAAGAACAAUCUCACAACAAAGGCCUGACCAGAAGGUUACAGCGCUCAGGAGCAUUAGAAAAUCUGAAUAUCAGUGAUGAUGACAGUGAAGGAGGGAUAGAAUACGUUGACAUACCCUAUUCUACACCAAGUAAUAGUAGUCCUAAUCCAAGCCAAAAUCAUCGCAUCCCUUCGAGACCAGAUUCAUCAACAAGCACACCACACACUGGUGUAGAAGAGCUUGCAAUCGAUUCGGGCAUACCUCAGAGGGAAGAGCCUGCUGCAAGUAAUGCAACUCUCAACAAGAGCCUCUACGACGUUCUGGCCGCUCAGGCAAAGGGGCUGUCUAAGGCAUAUCUUUUCAGCAUUAAUUACAUGAAUUUUGAGAUGUAA